AUGUCAGCAGUUUUUGUCUUUUGUGAUAUGCAUACUGACAAUGGAAAAUGGACGGUUAUUCAAAGACGUAUAAACGGAUCGGUGAACUUUGAACAGAAUUGGAAGACGUACAAAGAGGGCUUCGGUUAUGCAAACGGUGAAUAUUGGUUAGGCAAUGAUAUAAUACAUGAAAUAACCGUUCAUAACCGACAUGAAUUAAGGAUUGACAUGGGUGACUUUGACGGUAUCACUAAAUACGCUAAAUAUACAUUAUUCAGUGUUGGGGAUGAGACUAGUGAAUACGAGUUGAUGGUACUGGGAUACACUGGAAAUGCAGGAGACUCGAUGGCUUAUCAUGAUGGUAUGCUGUUUUCAACUUUUGAUCGGGACAAUGAUAAGGAUGUCAAUAACUGUGCCAAGGCAUGUCAUGGAGGUUGGUGGUUCAAAGCUUGUCAUCAUGCUAACCUAAACGGCCGUUACCUUUCGGGAACUAGUCCAUAUGCAGAUGGAAUAAAUUGGUAUGCAUGGCAUGGAUUCUACUACUCUCUUAAAUCCGUGAAAAUGAUGAUUAGGUCCACGUUGCCACGUGAAUGUUCUGAUAUACAAGGACAGCAUCCUGAUGGUGUGUAUAAGAUAUAUCCAGAUGGAAUAUCAGCAGUUCCUGUGUUUUGUGAUAUGCAUACCGAAAAUGAAAAAUGGACGGUUAUACAAAGACGUUUAAACGGAUCGGUGAACUUUGAACAGAAUUGGGAUACGUACAAAGAGGGUUUCGGUUAUCCAAACGGCGAAUAUUGGUUAGGAAAUAAUAUUAUUCAUGAGCUAACCGUCCAUAACCGCCAUGAACUGAGAAUUGACAUGGAAGAUUUUGAAGGUCACACCAAAUACGCUAAAUAUUCAUUAUUUAGUGUUGGGGACGAGGCAAGUGAAUACGAGAUGACAGUGCUUGGAUACAGUGGUGAUGCAGGAGACUCGUUGUCACAUCAUGAUGCUAUGCUGUUUACUACGUUUGAUAGAGACAACGACAAGAGUUCUGCUAACUGUGCUAAGGUAUACCACGGAGGCUGGUGGUACUUAAAUUGUCAUAUUGCUAACCUGAAUGGACGUUAUCUUUCUGGAACCAGUCCAUACGGAGAGGGGAUCAAUUGGUAUACAUGGCAUGGCUUCCAUUACUCUCUUAAAUCAGUGAAAAUGAUGAUUAGAAACUACAUUAAAGAUUCAUACUAUCAUAUUUUGUUCUGUCAAAUACAUUUCUUAUUGCAUUGUCAUUUGUCUACUACUAUAUUAUGGUCCUCUAGAUGUUGUUUGGUUUUUAUUCGGUCGACAUGUCGUUGUUGCAUGUCAUAG